AUGUCCACCAAACCAGACAUUGUCAAGAAAAAGAAAAUCUACACAGCCAAGUCGUCUGACCGCCGCCUUGCCGCUGGAAAACGGCCCGAAUCUUUUCUACAUGGCAGCGCUCUGAGUGUGGCUCGAGCACCUGCCGUGAAAUGGAAUCCAAAGCAUUUUCGACUUUUCGUGGGCAACUUGGGUCCUGAAGCGACCGAGGAUGUUCUUUUGGCUGCGUUUUCCAAAUAUAGCAGUCUUAGCAAAGCCAGUGUGCCUCUAGAUAAGAAAACGGGCAAGAACAAGGGCUUUGGUUUCGUUUCGUUUGCAACUUCCGAGGACUACCUAAAAGCAUUCAAGGAGAUGAACGGGAAAUAUGUUGGGCAACGGCCGGUUCAGUUGAAAAGGGCGGAAUCAAAGCCACGAUAG